GCAUCUUCACAAUAUUAUCCCUUGUCGAAGUGAGACAGGUGUAUGGCAAACCGUCGGUGCGAGAAAGAGAGAAAAAAAAUGGAAAGUACAGAACUUGCUUGGCCGCAAAGAAAAGAGCUGUCGUCCUUUUUACAUCGCGUUGCGCUCUUGGUUGCUAUCAGUUGACGCGCGAUUGCUACGAAGAACGGAUAUGUUAGCGCUAUGCAUCUUCUUCCUGGCUGUUAUCACGUUAUCGCAUGCGGCCGAACGAGAUGGCCCAAGGAACAGAGUACCCUUUACAAGGGAGAAAUACCAUCACGUUGCCAGUUUGUUGACGAAUGAACAGGUUGCCACGUUGUCCGACCUCACGAAUAUCACUCAUAUAAAUGAGAUUUUGGAUAACAUAUGUAUAGUGAGAAUCGUAGGGACUACCGAACAUGCGAGGGUGAAGGAGUAUAUCAAGAGAUCGAUGAAAGAUCUAGGUUGGACGAUCGAAUCAGAUGUAUUCCAAGCUCACACGCCUGUAUUCGGCAAACUGAAGUUUGAAAAUAUAAUAGCAAAAUUAAAUCCUAAUGCAAGAAGAUACCUGACACUGGCUUGCCAUUUUGAUUCCAAGUAUACGAGAGAGAGGGAUUUUGUUGGAGCAACAGACAGUGCUGUGCCAUGCGCUCAACUAAUUAAUUUGGCAACUGUCAUGAGUAAAUAUUUGACUAAACAACAAGAUGUUAGCUUAAUGUUAAUUUUCUUUGAUGGAGAAGAAGCGUUUGAGGAAUGGGGUCCAAACGAUUCGAUUUAUGGUGCUAAACACUUAGCUAAACAAUGGCAUAAUAACAAGACUGCUCAUGGUGAAGGAAUUUAUUUCUCUGAAUUGGAUAAAAUGGACAUAUUGGUCCUCCUCGAUUUACUAGGCGCACCUGAUCCGACUUUUUACAAUUAUUUCAAAAACACUGAAAAAUGGUACUCCUUACUUGUCAAUAUUGAAAAGAAAUUAGCUUAUUUGAAAAAAUUUGACUCAUAUUCAUAUGAUAGACCAGAACAAAGAUAUUUUCAACCAUACUCGUUCGAUCCACAUAUCGAAGACGAUCAUAUUCCCUUUUUUCAAAAAGACGUGCCCAUUUUGCAUGUAAUACCGACUCCAUUCCCGCCCUUUUGGCAUAAAUCUGGCGACAAUCGACACAAUAUCGACUUGAAGACUACAGAGAAUAUUAAUAAGAUACUUAGGAUAUUUGUCGCUUCGUAUUUACAUUUGACGACUAUCUAACAAAAUUAAGAAAUGCUAUAUGUCUCUCGAAAAAAUAAUUAACAACUACUUCUAU